UUUCAAACUUCCUUCUCUUCCUUCGCAGAUCUAUUCCGAAAGAGACUCCCUCUCUCUCCUCUCCCCUCUCCUAUCUCCGUCGGAGCUCCUCUCGCCUCCGGCAAUGGCGGCCACUGACACCCAGUUCGAUCUCCGACCGUCGCCCCACUCCGCCUUCUCCGCCGGGGAGUACGCGUUCGCCGAUGCCGGCAACUUGGACCACUGCGCGCGCUACUUGAACCAGACCCUCGUCACUUUCGGCUUCCCCGCUUCCCUGGACCUCUUCGCCAGCGAUCCGGUAUCGAUCGCCAGGACUUGCAAUUGCCUCUACUCUCUGCUUCAGCAGAGGCAGCGCGACGUCGAAUUCAGGGACUCUGCUAACGAGCAGAGGCAGAGACUGCUUUCGGACAUCUCGAGAUUAGAAGCCAAAGUUGAGAGGCUGGAGUCACAACUGCAAGCCAAGGACAGGGAAAUCGCUACGAUUACGAGAACGGAAGCUAAAGCUACAGCUCAGUUUAAGGCCCAAAUCGAGAAGUUACAACAAGAGAGAGAUGAAUUUCAGAGGAUGGUCAUUGGGAAUCAGCAAGUGAGGACUCAGCAGAUACACGAGAUGAAGAAAAAAGAAAAGGAGUACAUAAAGUUGCAGGAGAGGCUAAACCAAGUUUUGAUGGAAAAGAAGAAGGAAUCUAGAUCAGGGAUGGAGAUAAUGAAUUUGCUUCAGAAAGAAGGUCGGCAACGUGGGACAUGGAACGGGAAGAAGGCCGAUAAUGACUUCUACAAAAAAAUUGUUGAUGCCUAUGAAGCCAAAAAUCAAGAGUUGAUGGCUGAGAACAAUGAUUUGCGGGCAUUAUUGCGGUCAAUGCAAACAGAUAUGCGUGAAUUUUUCAAUGCUCCAAAUGGAUUGCCCAAGCAAUCUCAAGCUGUCAAUGGAAAACAUGAAAAUGACCCUUCCCAGUCUCCACUGGGUGGGAGAACGGAUGUCUUUGACUUGCCUCUUCAUAUGGCCAGAGAUCAAAUUGAAGAAAGCCUUAGAAAUAAAAUGGCUUCUAUAAAGGAACGGAUGGUCCAAUUGCAAGAUGCACAGAGAGGGGCAGAAGUUACUUCUGAAGCCACUGAGAGAGAGCUCGAGCUUGAAGCUCAACUUGUUGAGGCAAGGAGCAUCAUUCAGGAACAGGCAUCGAUAAUGUCCAAACAUCUUGCAAAGACUGAGAGAAAAAGGGAACCAAUUUCACCAUCUCCUCUCGAGGGACUCCGAACUGAAACAGCCUGAUGAGUAAGAUUCUCUCAAAGGCGUCGGCUCCUAUCAACUCAGUAGGGCAACCGAACUUGUCACUCUGUGAGGAUUGUUCUUCAAACAUGCCCAAUGUUCAGCAAUGCCCUGAGAUGGCGGCAUCGAGCCAAUAUGUACACCUUCAUGUACUUCAUUCGAGACUACAUGAGAAGCUAGUAAAAGAGUUAUUAGUAGAGCAUAGGGAGGACUGUACCUCAUUUUCUGUCAAUAUUAAUCAUCUUGUAGCUUGUCUUCAGCAAACGGUGCUAGAGUGAAAGGCCGAUAGCCUCUGGGACACUUCGGAAGAUUGUGAUGGUGACUUUUCUAAGUAGCUCACAGUGAAAAGUUAUAAGCCACUUAACUUAUCGAAAA